CACGCGAAUCAUAAAACAUAGAAAGCAGCUAAUUCAUUUGGAGUUAACGGCUACGACUCACAAUGUCUUUUACAUGCUGGAAUAUAAAUUUUGGAACUCUUGGAAAGUGAAUAAAUAUACAUAUAUAUAAUCGGUAGUGUUUCCCAAUUCGUUGAUGUUUUUUCUAGUGAACUGAACUGAAGUCAAUAGGUUUUGUUCCUUUAGUCAGUUAUUUUCCCCCAGCAUUCGCGUUUGCUGAUCGGUUAAGGCAAUGGCGAAUACUUGCUUGCAGCUGACAGGCUUUACGGUGAGCGUCCUCGGAUGGAUUGGGCUGAUUAUCGCUACCGCUACUAAUGACUGGGUAAUCACGUGUAAAUAUGGAAUGAACACCUGUAGAAAGAUGGACGAGCUGGAAACCAAGGCCUUGUGGGCGGAAUGUGUCAUUUCAACAGCGCUUUAUCACUGCAUCUCACUCAGUCAGAUCCUCGACCUACCUGCCUAUAUUCAGACGUCUCGCGCCUUGAUGGUCGCUGCAUCGAUCCUGGGCUUGCCGGCUGUCAUUCUCGUGGUCAUGGCAAUGCCCUGCAUUCAUCUUGGGAACGAACCCGAGAGCGCGAAGAACAAGCGAUCGGUGCUUGGAGGGAUUCUAAUACUCCUAAUAGCUCUGUGUGGGAUCGUGUCCACCGUAUGGUUCCCCAUUGGUGCCCAUCGCCAGCACGGCCUGAUGUCAUUCGGCUUCUCUCUGUACGCAGGCUGGGUGGGUGCGGCCUGCUGCCUGCUCGGCGGCUGCAUGUUAACCUGCUGUUCCGCGGACUCCCCUGCCCCAUACGCCGCCGACAACAACCGCUUCUAUUACUCCAGACAGGGUCCCACUAACCCCACCCCCUCCUCCAGUAACCACGCCAAAAGUGCACAUGUGUGAGCUGCAGGAUCACUGCGCAGCUGUCUAGAAGAGCCGAAGUGUCUUAGUCCACCAACGUGCUCGGUCUGUUGCUUUGUCUCUUUUCUCCAUGCUUCACUGACUCUCUCCAGGCUUAUCCAGUGGCCUCUCAUGGCUAUGUGGAUAUGUUGCUUGUCAGGUGAACUGACCUCCUGGUCUUCAGAGCAACACCAGGGUCAACAGCAUGCUCUGGACUCUCAUCGUAUUACAUAAUACAGGCCACUCCCUCAUAGGAGACCUGCUGUUAAUGGCUGACCUGUUUUAAAGGAUCCUUUAUCAUUUUUAAUGUGUUUAUUUUCUGCUGCUGCACACUGCCCUGUGCAAAUGUAAUUAUUUUUUUACACUUUGUGGUUCAGGACUUGUGCAGUUCAAGCUCUUUGCUGUUUUGGGCCCUAAACACUAACAAAAGGUCUUGUCAGUAUUGCUUUUAAUUGUAAAUGUCAAUCAAAUGAAAUCAUUUUGGGCCAAUGUGGAAAGUCUGUCUCUGUCUGUCUCUGUCUGUCUGUCUGUCUGUCUGUCUGUCUGUCUGUUUUUAGAGCACUAGCUACGUCACAGACACUGUUCUACUUGCCACUGUGCACAGCUAACAUUUCUAGGUCAUCCUUUGUGUUCUGAGCGGCUAUAAAUGAUAGAACUUUGAGAUUUCCACCAAAGCAUUAUUUGACUUGGUUAUUUAUUGCAAAAAAAUUCUUUGUGAUAUCAUGUUUUAUUAAAUAAACUUUUUUUUUUUUUUCCA